AUGUCUUUACAGAAUGCUUCAAUCAAAGUAACAGAAUUUAUCAUAGGUGGUUUUGACAAAACUAAAAAGCCUUUUGUGGUUGGUGUGGUUAUAUUAAUUACCUAUGUUCUUGCUAUAUUAGCCAAUAUGAUGAACAUCCUCUUCAUCAUAAAUGACAAGCGAUUACACAAACCAAUGUAUCUUCUGAUUUGCAACCUUGCUGUUGUUGAUAUACUGUACACCUCCAGUAGCAGUCCAACAAUGAUUGGAGUUCUAGUUGCUGGUGUUAAUACCAUAUCCUAUGUGCCAUGCUUCAUUGAAAUGUUUGCUUUCCAUCUGAAGUACAGUUUCUGUGAAUAUGCUGCCGUAAUGCGAACUACAUGUGUUGAUCCCACACCCUACUUCAAUCUGGUUACCAUCAUAAUGUUUUUUCUUAUAUUUUUCACUUUCGCAUUUAUUUGCCUGUCAUACAUUUUGAUCAUAUUUUUUGUCCAAUUAUCAUCAAAUAAUAACAAAAGGAAAAUGGGCAGCACUUGUUUGAGUCACUUGGUUGUAGUAACAUGUUAUUACUGUCCAAGGAUGGACAGAGAGGUCCUCCUGGGAGCCACCGUAACGCCGGACGGUCUUUUUGGAUUCUUCUCCUCUGUCACUCAGUGCUUCAAUAGGCUCAAAGAAGAGAAGGCACAGUUGAGCCAUCAUCUGCCACUCGCCCCUUCUUCGAAUCAGAGAGGAAACAAUAUGCGACACCGCAACGUGACGGCAAGGAGGAGAGUGCGCAGGCAGGCUAGAGCACCAGCAGCCUCCACUGCUUCAGCCACCUCCAACACCACCUCGACGGAGUCACUGCAGCCCCGGCCCAUGCUGCAGUGA